CUCAGGGAAACUUCCGGGGUGCAGUUGGGAUAAGCAGAUCCUCCCUUCUUGUCGACUUCAGUGAUUCGGAUUCGAUGCACAGUUCAUUAUCACACCGCUCCCGGAUCUCCCCUGCUGCGACAGGGACUUCCUCUCCGAUCGUGAAACCGUGAUCCUUCCUCCCGAGAAAAAUAAUGACGGGCGUGUGAUAAGCAAACAUCGGAAAAGCUUCAUUAUCGAAUAUGGCACCCAACGAAUCGAAAAAUGACCGUGAUCAGAGAGUUGAUAAGCUGUGGGAGACCUUGGGCGCCCAGAAAGAAGGGCUUAUUGAUCUCAAUGGACUGAAAAGGGGGCUGAAGAAGAUCGAUCACCCACUAAAAAAUGCGGAUGAUAUGUUACGGAGUAUUCUAGUGGCCGUCGAUACCAACGGGGAUGGACACAUUGACUUCUCUGAAUUCCGUGCCUUUGUCGACCAUACGGAGAGCGGACUAUGGAAACUUUUCCAGAGCAUCGAUCGCAAUAACAACGGCAAAAUCGAUGAAGCCGAUCUCAAGGCUGCAUUUUCCAAGUCCGGGGUGACCGUCUCGAGCGCCAAAUUGAACGAGUUCUUCUGGGAUGUGGAUAAGAACAAAGAUGGUGUUAUAACCUAUGAGGAAUGGAGGGAUUUCUUGCUCUUUAUGCCCUCUCACUCAUCUCCCGACCUACGCGCCAUCCUCUCAUACUAUACGGCUACGGGAAAUCUAAACCCGGAAGGAGAUGUCAACAUCAAUGAUCUGCAGGGUUUAGGUACAGACCACUUGUUUCCUAGACGUUAUUUUUUGGCCAUCAAGAACCUUUUGUACAAUAUCUUUCCUCUGCACGCUUUGGCAGCCCUCAUCCCAAUAGCCCACGCGGAAUCCAGCGAGAUCUCAAAGUCAACGGUCGCAUUGAAAGAUGUCUCUGUUCCUCUAGACAAUGAGUUCGAGCUGGAAUGGCUACCCAUACCCAGGAGUGUCGCCAUGUGGAUGUCCUUUCGAUAUUAUGAACGGAAGUUGACCGAAAACACUCCUCAAUUAGGUUACUUCGUUGCGGGCGGAAUCGCAGGCGUUGUGUCGAGAACAGCCACCGCGCCUUUGGACCGACUCAAAGUCUAUCUCAUUGCCCAGACGGGCGUGAAAUCAACGGCCGUGCGUGCGGCGAAAGAAGGUGCUCCACUGCAAGCGGCGGGCAGUGCAUCAAAGACGCUCGUUGAUGCGAUGAAGGAGCUGUGGCGUGCAGGUGGAAUCCGGAGUUUGUUCGCAGGAAACGGGUUGAACGUGGCCAAGGUCAUGCCCGAAUCGGCUAUCAAGUUUGGGGCCUAUGAGUCUGCAAAACGCGCAUUUGCUCGACUUGAAGGUCACAAUGACCCUAAGAAGCUCAUGCCGGUGUCGCAAUUCUUGUCAGGAGGGUGUGGUGGGAUGGUCGCUCAAUGCUUCGUCUACCCUCUUGACACAUUAAAGUUUCGGAUGCAAUGCGAAACGGUCGAAGGUGGUCCGAAAGGAAACCGCUUAAUAGCAGUGACGGCAAGAAAAGUGAUUAGUAAAAACGGCAUACUCGGAUUCUUCCGUGGACUGCCUCUCGGCCUUGUGGGCAUGUUUCCCUACGCCGCGAUCGACUUAACCACAUUCGAAUACCUAAAACGGGGCCUAGUCGCCCGAAAAGCCCGUCUUAAUCACUGCCACGAGGACGAUGUUCCUCUGAACAACUUCAUGACAGGAGCCAUUGGCGCAUUCAGUGGAGCAUUCGGUGCAUCCGUCGUCUAUCCACUUAAUGUUCUCCGUACGAGACUACAAGCCCAGGGAACAAUCCUGCAUCCUGUUACCUAUGACAGCAUUGGCGAUGUCGCUCGUAAAACGAUCCAAACAGAAGGUCUACGAGGACUCUACAAGGGAAUUACACCCAACCUUCUGAAGGUUGUACCGGCAGUUUCGAUCAGCUACGUUGUAUACGAGAACUCGAAGAGAUUCCUCGGCUUGAAGUGAUAACCAGCGCUCAAGCUUCAGUUUCUUGAAAGGAACUGGUCAGUCAUUGUGUCACUGAUACAGAAUUCUGCCUCUACAUUAUUCUUGCACAGAACCGGAGUUUUUUUUUUUUUUUUUUUUUUUU